AGUGCAACAGUUCACUCGUACAUUCGGAGCAGGAGUGUCAAUGCUCUUUGAGCUUUGGCAGUCGAAGCACCUUUCACUUUAUUGCACUCAAAGUAGCAACAACAAAUUAAAAAAGAAAUCCCAACUGAAUGGACUACACCUACAGGAUGAGUGCUUAUCUGCCUUUCCUCUGGAUUAAUGAAGAUUGUUUUGUGAUAUAAAAGUGAAGAAAUAUUUUCAUGACUGUCUCACAAAAAGGACUAAUUUCGACCAAUGCAAUCUUCAAAAAACUCUGUUCUUAUCUUCGUCGCAUAUUGAAGAUCUGCAGAACAUUUAAAACUGCCUUGAACUUUACCUCUUCACCUCCACAGGGGCAGAUGUACUCUUCAGGAUGAAUGAUGGUGAAGUAAAAAGGAAUCAUAUGUUGUGUUUUUGGAGACACCACGGUACCUUAAAGUCGUACGAUCGUUUGAGUAUGCCUGUGUCAAAUCAAGACUCGGCUUGAAGGAUUUCCAAAGAAACCGUCUGUGCUCUAACGUACGGUACACAUUUUGGGACCGUAAAGCAUAUCAGGAAUGCCAUUUCACUCAUCGCUGGGGCUUGUUCACUUUCAAAACUUCAAAUCCAAGAGUUAGCUCGCAGUUCGGACGACACUUCAAAUUACAAAGAUGAACAGCACCGAUUUUCCCCAUGGUAACAGCAAUUACAUGCUCCUGAUUCCCGUGGUGAUCAUCGUCAUUAUCAUCAUCCUGGGCAACCUGCUGGUGAUCAUUGCAAUAGCACGGACAGCCAUGCUUCAGACCGUCACCAACAUCUUCAUUAUGUCGUUGGCAUGCGCAGAUCUCAUCAUGGGGGUUAUGGUAGUGCCACUUGGUGCCACCAUUGUUAUAACCGGCGACUGGCAACUCAGUAAAACAUGGUGCAAUUUGUGGACAUCCGUGGAUGUCAUGUGCGUGACUGCCAGCAUUGAGACACUUUGUGCCAUCGCAGUGGAUCGAUACAUUGCGAUCACGAGACCGCUACGCCACAAAGUGCUCCUUAGCAAAUGGCGGGUUCGACUGAUCGUCUGCCUUGUCUGGGUUGUGUCUGCUCUCACAUCGUUCCCCCCCAUCAUGACCAACAUUUGGCAGGCCAGUAACAGUACCUGCAACAAUGAUCCCAAAUGCUGUGAUUUUAUCACCAAUGAAGGUUUUGCAAUUGCAUCCUCUGGCAUUUCGUUCUACAUCCCUCUGGUCAUCAUGAUCUUUGUCUACACCAAGGUGUUUGUCAUCGCAACGAGGCAGGUGCAACUAAUCGGGAAGAGCCGGCAGCGUUUCCGAAACGAAGUCGCAGCCAGUAACGGCAACAACAACCUGCCAUUGACGGCAAGCAGCACAAGCCUUUCAUCAUGUAAACGAAAAUCCUCACGACGAAGGCCAUCCAAAUUAAGUGUUGUGAAAGAGCACAAGGCCUUGAAGACGCUGGGGAUCAUUAUGGGAUGCUUUACUCUCUGCUGGCUGCCCUUCUUUGUAGCCAACAUCAUUAGCACCUAUUUCCUCACCCUGAUACCGCCGAACAUUUUCCGAUUGUUAAACUGGCUCGGCUAUGUAAAUUCAGGUCUCAACCCCAUAAUCUACUGUAGAAGCAAAGAAUUUCGCAUGGCUUUCAAGAGCCUUCUAGGAUGUCCCUGGCUCCAAAUGCCGAGCAUGAACUACCUUUAUAAGGAGCUAAGGACUCGAUGUCCAUGUUUUCUUGGCUUAGCUGAAGCAGGCAUGAAUAGAGAAUUCCAGAAGCCUGUCAGCUCACGAUUGACAAGGCGAGAUCCUGUGCCGCAGGAGGAUGGGGACGAAAGCCUGGGAAGCAGUCAGAGCAGCUACACUAGUGAAAAGCCAUCGCCAGGUCCUGUGCACUCCAACGGCAGCACGCAUUUCAGUGAAAUCUCCGAAACCGAGACUGAAGUAAACAAGAGGGGAUUAGAAUCCGCACCAGACCAUCAGAACCCAAGAAGACCGCUCUAUGGCCCACAUUAGAAAUAAAGGAGUUGCAGAUGGUUUUCUGUGGAGUUGCGUGCCGCUCUUCCACCUUACAGGGGCUGGGAGAAUGAGAAUCCACGGCUUGGCUGAACGGUGAAGCGAGAGAACGAGAGAACGGAAGAACGAGAAUGAAAGAAAUGCAGACAGAGACGACUAAUUUCAGCCGAGAUGGGAUAAACUUUUUGGCCCAGCAGAGCACGGACUGCACAGAGCCCCAAAGGCAACCUCACCAAAUGACUAUGAUGAAACACACAAACAAGAUAAAGCGAAAUGGGAAUGGCUGAACGGACGGUGGCACGCACAGAGACGCCUCGCGCACAAGAGCGGAUGGACGGUCGGAGAGAGAGAAAGAUAGAGAGAGAGCAUGUCCAGGCUGCUAUUACUCCUGGCCUUUAGGGAAAAUAACUGGAUUAAACCAGUUAAGAGUUGGGUCAGUGUGAUGGACAACAUGGAAGCCAUGUUUGGAUCCAGGGGAUGUGUAGUUAUCUCAACGCGAUCCAAACGUUGAUGAUUUUCUAUCUGUGUCCCAGCAAGUUUCAAUCGUUCACAAGCGAGGACUUGGAAGAAAAAAAAAAAAAAAGAAAAAAAAUAGAAACACUUCUGGCGCACAAACACCUACAACCGACUUUUUUUUUGUUUUGUUUUUUUUCGGAAGCACAAACGGAUGUAGUCUGUCGUUUAAAGAAUACAGAGAAAUCUAGUGGUAAAAACUUUUUUGUACUUACAUGUUAAAUUAUUUCCCUAUUUAUUUUCACUCCCCAACAUUACCUGUGAAUGUGCAAAGAGUUUAUCUGAAACGAUACAGGUAUCCAUGGCGUACAGCUGACAUGUAGAGCUCAUAGCGUAUGGUAGCUAAUUUUCUUUUUUUCUUCAGUUCAGUUUUAAAGACUUUUUUUAAGUUGCAAACAUCAUGUGCACAAAUAAGCUCAAACCAUUUGGCUCACUUU